ACAAGUGGUCCUUGGGAGGUGAGUUGAGGCCUUCCUUACUUGGUCUGAAGCACCUGAAUUACCUUGACUUGAGCAUGAACAACUUUGGAGGACUUCGCAUCCCAGAAUUCGUGGGCUCAUUCCGUCAGCUCAAAUAUCUUAACCUCUCCAAUGCUGGUUUGGGUGGACUGAUCCCAACCCAGCUUGGGAAUCUAUCGAGCCUCCAAUAUCUUGAUCUCUACAAUGGUUUUGAUCUCAGCAUUGAUAAUGCCCUCUGGAUUUCUCAUCUUUCUUCCCUACGAUAUCUGAAUAUGACGGGUGUGGAAUUCGGAGCAGGUGCUCACUGGCUGCAAGCACUAAACAUGCUUCCUUCUAUUGUUGAGGUACGCUUACACGAUUGUGACAUCAACACCAUUCCGCUCUCUCUUCCACAUGUGAAUUUUACUUCACUUUCUGUUCUUGAUCUUUCUUCGAAUUACAUUAAUUCGACGAUGCCUGGUUGGUUGUUCAACAUAAGUAGUCUUGAGCACCUUGAUCUCAGCGACAAUGAUAUUCGGGGCAUCAUUCCUCCUGCAAUUAAGAAUCUAGCUUCGCUUGAGUUUCUUGGUCUUUGCAAGAUGCAGCAUAUGGGAUUGUCGGGCAUUAAUAUCAGCAAAAAAUUGCAUGAACUUGAUGAGGUGUUUAUGGGAUGCAUCAAAAACAGCUUGGAUACUCUGUACAUGUACAACACCCAGCUUAGCGGUUAUUUGCCGGACUGGUUGGGGGACUUCAAAAUGCUCAAGUCUCUUUAUUUGGAUUCCAACUCAAUUUCUGGUCCUAUUCCCGCAUCAAUUGGAAGAUUGUCGGUACUUCAAGAUUUGGUUCUUUCCUAUAAUAUGCUGCAUGGGACUAUCCCAGCGAGGUUUGGAAGGCUUGCGAAGCUAGUUUCAUUAGAUCUCAGGUCAAACUUUUUGGAGGGUGUCAUAUCUGAAGAAUACUUUGCCGAUCUCACCGAACUGAAUUAUUUAGAUUUGUCAGACAACCAAUUAAUUCUGAAUCUGACGUCUGAUUGGAUCCCCACUUUUCAGCUUCAGCAGUUAGCUAUUGGUUCUUGCAAGUUGGGACCACAAUUUCCAGCAUGGCUCCGGACGCAAGAAAACAUUUCCUAUCUAGAUUUGUCUAGCAAUGGAAUUUCAAGCACUCUGCCAGAUUGGUUUUGGAAGUCAUUUUCCCAGCAUAUAAGUUACUUGGAUAUCUCCAGCAAUGGAAUCGCAGGUAGUGUACCUGAUCUAACAAGCUUAAUCAACAUUUAUAUGUUGAAUUUAAGUUCUAACUACUUCGAGGGUCCUUUGCCAAAUUUUAAUUCUUCUAUAAUGAUGCUGGUAGACCUAUCAAACAAUUCAUUUUCAGGAGUGAUUCAUCUUGGCAAAAGUACCCCUAAUUUGCAAUAUCUCUCCCUUUCCACAAAUAAUUUAAGCGGUAAAAUUCCUUUGUCUCUUUGUCAGCCCGACUUUAGAGUUCUUGAUCUUUCAAAAAAUCACUUAUUGGGUGAGCUCCCUGAUUGUUGGAACAACUCUUCCUUUACCUUGGUCAAGGAUUUUUCAAGCAAUAAUCUAUCUAGAAGCAUUCCUCCGUCAAUCUGUCAAUUACCAUAUCUUGAAUCGUUGCAUUUGAGUAACAAUAAUCUAUCAGGAGAACUCCCAUUAUCCUUAAGGAGUUGUGUGACUUUAGUUACUCUUGAUCUUGGGCAGAAUGCAUUCAUUGGCACAAUACCUACUUGGAUAGGAGAAAGUUUGUUGUUCUUGAGUAUCCUUCGUUUAAGAUCAAACAAGCUUGUUGGAAAUAUUCCUCCUAAUCUAUCAAGACUAAGUGCUCUUCAAAUCCUGGAUCUUGCUAAUAACAAUUUAUCAGGAACCAUUCCUUCGAGCUUUGGGAAUUUCACUGCCAUGAAAGUGUUACGGAAGACUAAUGAAACCAUUUCAAAUUAUCCUGAUUACAUUGAAAAUUUGCAAGUGACCAUGAAAGGAAGUGAUAAUGAGUAUGCCAUAUUCCUUUCACUUGUGAUCGCUAUGGAUCUUUCAGACAAUAACUUGUCUGGUAAAAUACCAGAAGAAUUGGCCAGCCUUCUUGGACUGGUGAGUUUAAACCUGUCUGGAAAUCAUCUGAUAGGAGAGAUCACAGAAAAGAUCAGUGCAUUGCAACAGUUGCAAUCACUUGACUUAUCAAGAAACAGCCUUUAUGGUGGAAUUCCUUCGAGCGUGAUUGCCCUAACUUUUUUGAGUCACUUGAACUUAUCAUAUAACAACUUGUCAGGAAGAGUUCCAUCAGGUAAUCAGUUUCAGACCUUCACCGACUCGUCUAUCUACGUUGAUAAUCCUGGUCUUUGUGGGUUCCCAUUAGCUCAAAAGUGCAAAGAUGACGAGACAAAUCAAGGUCCAAAUGCUGUUGGAGGGGAUGAGCAAAAUGAUAAUGCCAUGGAUGAAGAAGGAUCUGAAAUCGAGUGGUUGUAUAUGAGCAUGGGGCUAGGAUUCGCGGUUGGUUUAUGGGCUGUUUUUGGUCCAUUAUUAUUCAACAGAAAAUGGAGAGAAGCCUAUUUUCGACUUAUAGAUCAAGUUUAUGAUAUGGUUUACGUGGCCUUGGCAGUGACUUUCAAUAGGUUUAAAGAGCACAAUGCUGCAGCAUAA